CAUUAUUCAUCAGUUGCAGUUGCAUCUAAUGAAGUGUCUACUGUGUUUGAAUAUGAAGACAAAAAUGAAUUUCCACUAGAUGGGGUAUGCAGGAGAAUGGAAAAUGAUCUUCUCUGUUGGUUUUCUUAGGAUUCGGGGGCAGCCUAUUAUUCUCCUUUGUAUGGGGUUAGCCUUUAUUUCUUUAUUGUCCUUUAUAGGAUGUAUAACAAGUAUAAGUAUCUAAAGGGAGGGAAGAACCUCUUGGCUUAUUUCAGAAGUCCCUUGCUUGAGAAGUGAGAUGAGUUUUUCCUCUCUUUUCUUUUACAUUUAUCUACUUCAAAAAACUGAUGACUCAUAAAGCUUCCUCAAGAAUGGACAAAUGAAUACUAAUUAGGGUGGGGGGCACGCCUUAUAGUGGUUUCCAGAGGCCUUUAAUGAAAUGGACUUUGGAGGGUUUCUUUUUUUUCUCCAGAUUCACUUAGAUUGAUGUGAUUUCUUUAAUCCCUCUAAAGCCAGAAGAAAUAGUUCUGAGAGUGUUCAUUUUUCUACUAAAUACAUUGGCUUAUCUCUUUCUAGCUCAUUUUUUGAGAGACUAUGUCUUCUGAGAUCCUCAGUUAGCUUAACCUAAGGUUCCAUGACUUGAUUAGGAUGCCAUUUAAUUUCUUUGGGCCAUCUUGGUAGAAAGUCUUCGGAGUGAGUCACUUAACAGCAAAAUGACCAGUUGAUCUCUUCCCAGGUCAGGAUGUAGGCUUGAGAAUAGAUCACAGCUUUAAUAAAUUUCCCUGGUUAAUCUGAAGUCAUUAGGAUGUUUAACUAGGCAGCUCUAUGUGCAAUUUAUAUAGAUUAAUUUCUUCCUGCUAUGGGAAUUCUUUUAAAGGCAACAUAGAGACAGAAAGAACCCCAUGCCUAAUCUUUUAACCUUUUCUUCUACCCUUCCUUAUGUCUAAACUUGUGGGAUCAUGUGAGGAAUGAGGUCUGGUCCUGAAGUUGCAGCCUCCAUCUCAGCAAGGAAACUGGCAUUGUUCUGGCCAGUUUUUACUCUAUGAUUCUAUGGGUCUCACAUAAACAGAAUUCAUAUUCCUAGGGUGGAUUCCAGGCCAACCUGAUGAAGAGGGAAAAUAUCUUAAGACCAGGUUAGUAAGAUGGAUUAUCCUAGUGUUUUCUAGGAUGGGUAGGGAGAAAUUUGUACUAUCCAGGAUAUCCUUCUGACAAAGAGAAAUUUGACAAACUGAUAGUAAAUUAAUGCAAUAUUAAAUUAAAUUCUCCUUACUGACACUUUUCUUUUAGGUUCCUUCCUCAUACCAGAGAAAGUAUGCAUUCAUCUGUGUCAGUAGUGCUUGUGCUCAAUCAUCUUCUUUUCUCCCCCCAACCUCCAGUGAACUGAUUUUAGCAAUUCAAAGGAGCCUUCCUCAGGGAAUAAGUAGGCUCAUUGCUGAUUUAAAAAAAAAUACUGUGCAGGGGGCAGCUGGGUAGCUCAGUGGAUUGAGAGCCAGGCCUAUUAAUGGGAAGUCCUGGGUUGAAAUCUGGCCUCAGACCCUUCCCAGCUGUGUGACCCUGGGCAAGUCACUCAACCCCCACUGCCUAGCCCUUACUGCUCUUCUGUCUUGGAGCCAAUACACAGUACUAAUUCUAAGAAGGAAGGUAAGGAUUAUUUUUUAAAAAUACAAUGCAAAAGAGUAUGGGACUCAUAACAUUUAAAUAUCUUAGGGCAGAUGAAGAAUCAGGCUGGAGUUGGGAGAUCCUGUAUUUAAAUCUGAUCUCAAAAACUUUCCAGCUGGGUAACCCUGGGCAAGUCAUUCAACUCCAGUUGCUUAGCCCUGACCUCUAUUCUGCCUUGAAACCAACAGUAUGAAUUCUAAAACAGAAGAAAAGGAUUAAAAAAAAAAAACAAAAAAACCAAAUCCAAACCUCUAAACAUCUUAAUGGAUGGGGGAAGGAUUAACCUUUUGUAAGAAAGAGGAAUAUCUUGAAUGAUAUUAAACAUGAUGACUAGACAAGGAAGAUUUUUUUUUUCCUGAGAAGCUCUGGGGGGAAGUAGGGAAAGAGAGAGAGAUUCCCUUUUGUUGAGGUUCUGAAGCCCCACCCAAACUGUCAGCAGUUUAUUUGACCAGUUUGAACUUCCUUCAUUAACCUGGGGUUGUCCUGAGUGAGUGAUGUUGGCAACCAACAGGGUCAGGGUCUCUCCAUCAACUAAAUGGGCAUCAGGACAAGAAAAGAGACAAAUACUCUGAUAAAAAUUGAUUGCUUCUCCACAGGUCUCCAAAGUUCAAUGAGUGACCCUUGCUUCAAGACCUGGAUCAUAAACACACUUUUCACCAGGAUUUCAGCAAGCAGUUUAGGGCAGUUAGGUGUAGUGGUAGACUACUUGAUCUGAAGUGUUUAUCUUCCUGAGUUCAGAUCUGGCUGUGUGACCCUGAGCAAGGCACUUAACCCUGCUGGCCUCAGUUUUCUGAUCUAUGAAAUGAACUGGAGAAGCAAAUGGCAAACCACUCCAGUACUGUUGCCGAGAAAACCCCAUAUGGGAUCAGGAAGAGUUAGACACAACUGAAAAGGACCAGACAAAAUAACUGGCAAAAGACAAAAUGACUGAGCAAACAAAAGUUUGAUCUGAUUCAUAAUCAGGACCAAGCUCCUUCCUCACUAGAGUUGGACUGGUAACUUAAGGUGAGACAGACAUUUAUUAAAUAGAAACGGUUAAUCAGACAUGACUAAUUAUUUAAAAGGAAAAAUUCAACAUAAAUCUGAUUUCUAAUCGGGUGAAAGACUACAAGUUAGGAAGAGAAGGUGGAAAUUUCCUGAAUUCCGGAAAAGAGAUUUCCCUUCCUCCUAAGUAACUAUAAACAAUCAAGGGAGAAUGGAAACAAUAACUCACUGUUCAGAUUAGGGUUAGUUAUCAGACAUGGAUUGCUUGAAAUAUACAAUAACACUUUGCAUCAGUCUUCAUAUCUGGUCAAUGUAUCCAGAUCAUUAUGUGAAAGAUCUCUAAAGAGCAGCUACAAGCAAUUAGGCUACCCAAAUGUACAGGACUAGCUUCAAAUAAUGCAGUAAAGUCUUCUCCCCAUUUCCACAGUUAAAUAAAGUUUCCUUACAGGACCGAAUUUGAGUGUGGCCCACAUUGAAGACAUAAGGAACUGAGCUAGUUCCAGAAUUUGAGUCACAAAAUGGAGUAAUGUGGUUCACUCAAUUCCCACAAUUAACCAUUUGCUGUCUUACUGCCUUCUACAGUUUUCUCACAAUUUUCUUCAAAACCAGAAUGCCAACAAUAUAUAGUCACAGAUCAUGUACCCAGUUUAUUUCUAAUAGUCAUAGGAAGAUUGAAGAAAGAAAUGCAGGAAGAAAAAGAAAAGGAAAGAAAGAGAUCUGCCAGAGGACUAGCCAGAUUUAACAGAUUAUAUAUAAAUGCAGAAUGGGCCAGUUUACUGCUCUAUCAAUGAAUAGGAAACAUAUAAGGAGUAUUUCAAAGAGGGUUUGUACCUCUGGUUGGAAGAGUUUACCAAAGCCCUUUCCAGGUCUAUUUUGGUGCCAACCCACCUCUCAAGUGUAGCUCCAAGAAGCUGCACUAUAUGCCCAAUAGCUACAUGCUGGCAAACCAUCAGGUCAGGUGGGUUAAACCAGGUUGUGAGUAAGCAAUUCAGUCUUCCAGUCCUUCAGUGAGCUGGGGGAAGACUUAUGAAGUCUUUUUCUCAGCAGAAGGGACAGAUGAGAAGUUUGUUCCAGUGGUCCCAAAUGUGACUGAAUGUGGUACUGAGGAGUAGAUAAGAAUUUGAUUAUGCAAAAUUGAAUGAGUGAUAUCUUUAUGACUCGAGCAUAAAUUGAAUUUAAGUGAUGCAGAGUUGCACACAGUCAGUGGCCUCACUCUUUCAGAGUCAUUGAAGUCCAGUGGCCACAGCAAAGUCAAGACUAGGAUGCAGUGGAUGAUCCUGAUGUGUAGCAUCCACAGGACUCUUUUCCAUUGUGUUUAUGACUUGGAAUUAUUUAGUUGUGGUUGGACUCUGAAUAUUUAUAUAGGUGGUUGCCAGGGAUUUAAUUUCUAAAUCCCAAAAUGAAUUCUAAAGUAAAUGGAAUUUAUGGUAGUUUAUUUACAAUAUUUACAAUCAAAGGAAGAUAUUAAGGAAUGAUAGAGAAAACUCUGGCUUCUUCUGAUAUCAGUUAAAAUUUCUAAGCCCCAGCCGGGGGAAGAAAAAAGCAAGGUCCACUAAGUCAGCCUUUCACUCCUAAGGAGACAGUCUAAAUAAAUAGAAAGAAGCCUGGGUGUCUGUCUUCUAGUCACUCCUCUUGAGUCAGAGCCUCCAACUCGAAACUCAAAUCGGAAUACAUCUCAAAUCACCAAAUCUGAAAUGUCUCCUUUUAAAGAAUCUUUUUCUCUUGUGUCACCUCCCCUAAAUUUCACAUCUACCAAUCACAGCAGAUGCUUUUCUCCAGGACAGCUCACUCUUUAGUUCUCACGUUCUCUGGUUAGAUUUUCUUUUUGGGUUACUCAACACUUUUUUUUUAGUUAAAAUGGUUAGAUGUUCUUCAAAUACUGACAUUACCUUUUGUGGAUUAAUAUCUAAAAAUAAAUUGUGGAUUACAAUUCUAGCUUCACUAUGAAAGAAGAGCUAAGUACCUUCAUUGUUACAAUCAGGGGAGAUUAUUACAGUCUUCACAGAAUAAAUUGUUCUUAUCUACCCCAUCUACCGGAGGGUAAUAUUUAUACUGUUGGAGUAAAUUACCCCUCCUCUAAGUCACCAAUAGGUUUGAGACCUGUUGGUUAAUCGUGACCUGGUUGUCUGUGUGCUGAGAUGGUUUUACUGAAGUGUGAACCCUGUGCAUUCUACAGCAUCUUUGAAACCAUAGGUGAGAGCUGAGUGAGUGCAGGUAGAAACCAAUGGGUUCAGCAACCCCUCACCCCAAAGAUGCAGAUCAGCUGUGAAUUACAGCUAUUCUCAGAAAUAUGAUGAUCCAAGACAAUUCUGAAGGAUUCAUAAUGAUAAAAUGUUGUCUUCCUUCAGAAGGGCACGUUGAAAUGCAGAUCAAAGCAUACUAUUUUUCAUUUUAUUUCCUUUGGGCGAUUUUUCUUCCACAACAUGACAAAUAUGGAAAUAUUUUGCAUGAUCAUGAGUAUAUAAUUUUUGUCAAAUGUUUACUGACGCAGGAGUAAGGGAUGUCAGGGAUCACCAGGGACUGCCUAAUUGGGGUUUCUAAGGCGUAAGAAAACACUCAGGAGGGCUGCUGGCAAUCAAAUGGCACCAAUGGCAACUUUAUUGAGGGAGGUGAUGCUCUGGUGUGGACGAGCUCUUUAUUCCCUUGUCACCAGAACAACAUCAAUAUUGACAGGAGCUACAAAAAAGCUCAGGGGAGGUACAGCUUGAUCCUUACUCCAUUCUGUAGUCAAUGAAGUCCCGACUUUGUUGCUUUUUAAGAAAGAAUCAGUUUUAACUAUUGUUUGGAGGGAAAAGGGAGCAUUGGGACAUUUAGGUCCUAUUACAGCAACACAUUUAAUUUGCAUUUCAGGGAAGUAGAUCAGGAGAAGAAUAAGUAGCUGUCAAUUCCUUUUUAGUUCUCAACAUUUAACCCCAUAUUCUUUCUACAUAGAUGACUUAUGCUCUAUAAAUACACUUUUGGAAAUGUUAUAUUAAAAGUCAUUGCAGGGAAACUGGACUUUUAGUGCUCAGGCACUGAAGUUAUCAUGGAAACAUUUACCUGAGAAUUUUUUAUUUUUAUUUUUUACAGCUAGCCAGCACCCCAGGGUGAGAAAUAUAUGCUGUGGGCACUUUUAUAGAAUUUGUGAAGCUCCUUGCUCCAAGUCAUGAGAAAAAGUAGAAGAAAUACAUGUUCCUAAGCUUUAUGUUUGAAGAAUCCCAUCUCUGGAAAUGUCAGUUUCAUUCUGCCAGUUUUCCCUGUGUUCUAGUAUUUUUCUGAAACAGUGAUGAGGCAAGAUUUAAGAUGUUAUAUCAGUUGUCUCUACUUCUAGAUAUGUUCUUUGAUAUCUUUCAGCACUGGACUGAACUGAGGGAGUAAAAGAAGUUAGAAAAAGAAAUAAUGGAAAAGGAAGCUGUUUGAUUGACCCCUUAAGUGACCUAGCAAAUUUAUUACAACUGUAAUACUGUCUUUUCAAAGUCAUGGUGGAAAUUUGUUCUCUGACAAAGAGAAGCCAGGAUUCCAUCUCUCUACAGAAACAAUAAGAUACAAGUCUGGAGAAAACAUAAUUGAUUUCUAACUCAGGAAGAAGUGCAGAUCAUCCAAAUAUAUAAUUAAGGAUAUAAUUAAGUGUAUCAGUUUCCUGAAUUUGACUAAGUGCUUUAAGCUUGAUGUGGGCUGAAAUGUCCCUCAAUUCCUAUGUCAUUGCUGUAAACAAUGAAAAGAACCCAGAAGAUGCCUGAGCAGCAAAUACAGAAGAUCCAGUUCCCUUGUCACAAAGGACUAUGUUCAUAAUGCUCAAUUUCCACAAUCUGUGCCUUCUGAGUCUGGACAGAAGAGAACAAAAUUUGGAAAAGUUGCCCUGGAAUAUUUAACAUAUCAUUAGCAUCCUGUUUAUAUUGUUUGCUUCCCACAGUGGGCAAACAGAGUGAACCAUGAGUAAAGCCAUGUAGACUAUGGAGAAAGUCACAUUAGUUCCCUGGAGAUGUAAGGCAACAACUAUAUAAACAAACAUCCCUUCCUUAGAGUCCUUCCUAAUCAAGAUAAAAAAUGUUCCUAAAAUCCUUUACCCACCUUGCUUAUUAUACUCACCUUUGCUUAUCUUCUUAUUCAUUACACUAGCUAGCUAGCUAUAGCCACAUUAUUACUAUAUUUUCUUAUAAUAAACCUUGUUCCCUUACAAUGGCAUCAGUUAAUCUGAAUUGUCAGUCCUUUGUACAACACCCUAAUUAACCUUGCCUGUAUCAGACUGACUCUUAAGCCAAUAUUCAGAUUUAAGUAAACGACUUCUGUCCAUCUCUUUUAUUUCUGUCUCUCUCUGCCUGUCUGGCUCUACAAACAUUUUAACUUUCCUUUAGGGCUUUUUGUUCAUUGUUUAGUGUAUUGGGGUUAGGAAGUUUAGAGGAAAAUCAAGUUGGAUUGAACUUUGGAUUUGAGGUACUUUUUACAAUAUUUCUACCAGUCUUAAUAAACUGUUUCACAAAUUGUGACUACAAAAAUUUUCACUUCUGGUCAGCUCUCAUCCAUGCUAAAACUGAUCUGUUCUCCAAAAAGAAAUAUCUUCUCUUUCAUUGAAUUUUCAUUUAAAAAAUGGGUCUAGAGAGUUUUUCCACAGCUUAGGAUAACUGCCCUAACAGACAUUUCAGAAGGACUUUUUGUGUAGGCUUACAAACAAUAUGUUUUUAAACCAUAGACAUUUCUUUUCUCUUUUGAAUAUUUUACGAUAGGGUUUCAUACACUAAGUACUUCUUACUAUAUCCUCACCCCCAAAACAGUCCCAACACAUAUACUACCAGAUGUCAUUUUUAUUAUAAAUGUUUGAUUAUGGUUUGGGUAAACUGAAAGAAAAGGGAUCCAAUUGACAUUCAGUUACUAUGAGAAAUAUUAUGGGACUGAGGUACAUUCUUCAGACUAAACCAUUGCUAAGGGAGGAUAGUGAUGUCAUACAGCCAAAGUUCUCAGCAUCAUCAGUUUAAAGUUAUCGCUAGGCAAAGGCUAAAGAUUCUAUUGGUGAAGUGUUCAUUUGUGGUACUGCUUUCUCAUGUGAUGAGAGGGAAAGGGGAAGCAAGAAGAUUCUGAAUGCUUGUUCAUUACAGUGGGGUACCACUGGUGUCAUUAACCAUGGAACAGAAACAUUCCCAUGAGAGCACUUCAGUGGUGGAUGAUUAUUUUACAACAGAGAAGUUCCCCCUUUUCCCAGACAAAAGAAAUGUCAAUGUGAUGCUGCCAAAUGCCAGGAAUCUGCAUGUGGGGCUUGAGAGAUCCUCCAAACAUUUCCUGACCUAUCCGCAGGUCAGUACAGAAACUGCUGCCAGUUUUGUGCCACCCUGUUCCUCAGUGGUCUCCACACCGAGUUUACCAGAAUUCACCAAUAUGUUCAAUAUUCCACAAUCCAUGUCUGUUAACAUGGUCAUGAAGCAGGAAAUUCCUGGAGAGAUGUCCUUGUUUCCAGCUCCACAGCCUACUCAAUUGUUUCAGCUGCCCAUGCAAGAUUGCAAUGUGAGUUCUAAUGUCUCUGCCUUACCAACAGAGAACCUUGAGGGCAUUACUCUUGGGAAUCAGAGCACUGGAUCCACUGCUCUUUUCCAGCUUCCUAAACCCGGGGAUGAGCUACGGCUUUUCCUAAAUAUUCCCCAAGGGCCAGGAAAUUUUGGAUUUUGUGGACAAUUUUACUCUGUCCCAGGUUUAGCUCUACCCCAAUCACCACCAAACUCUCAGCCCAGAAGCCCAGAGAACCAGCUCGUGAUGAAUACUAGCAUCUCCUCUCCAUCACCUUCUGGAGCUUUCUAUGGCCUACGACUCAUACAGGCACCUCAGUUACAACCAGUUCCAGUUAACUUGGGUCAUUUGCCCUUUGGGCAUAUUAUUAUCCGGGCACCAAAAUUCAGCCAGCAAAACUACCAAGAAAUAGAAAAGAGGAGAAUUCAUCGUUGUGAUUAUCCAGGUUGCACAAAACUUUACACCAAGACUUCUCAUCUGAAAGCUCACAAGAGAACCCAUACAGGUGAGAAGCCAUACAAGUGUACUUGGGAAGGAUGCACCUGGUGUUUUGCCCGCUCUGAUGAGCUUAGUCGGCACUAUCGAAAGCAUACAGGAGCUAAGCCCUUUAAAUGCGUUGCCUGUGGCCGCUGCUUCUCCCGCUCUGAUCACCUCACCUUUCACUUAAAGAAACAUUUGAUCUAAUGGAGCAUCUUUCACCAUUCAAGGUCCCACAGAUCGCUUUCUUUUGAAAGGUGCCUCCAAAUUUUCCUUCAUACCUUUUUUUUUAGGACUUGACAAGUUUCAACAGACAUAAACAGUUCUAAAUACAACGAAAAGAACAACCUGGUUGUAUAUCAAGCUAUGAAUCUGUUACACAUAGCUUGUUGUUGUUGUUAAGAAUAUAUAUUAAAUUUAACACUAUAGAAACAAA